UGACUGAUUAGGAUGAACAUAAGCUCAAGCAACUCUUUAAUUAGCUCAAGCUCUUUACUGUGAAUGUUUACUUUUCACAUUUUCCUCUGUUGUUGCAUGCAAUCCAGACGCUUGCAGAAAGUUAAAACAGCUCAAGGCUGUGCAGUGUGGGCUUCUGUCAGCAUAGCUCUCUGCUUCCUGGUGUCGUCAGCUCUGCCACACCGUGCUGCAUGCAGCACGGCAUCGUUCAGCUGGGAAUGACAGAUUUUGCUGCAGUGCUGCACCCUCGUUAUGUGUUGCAGCAGAAUCUGUCAGACUUUUUCACGUUCAUUCUCAAAAUUGCUUUUAUAUAAAUUGCUUUUAUAUGCAUUAUCUGGGUUUUAAGCUACAGCACUGGCUUGUGGCUUCCCCGUUGGGUUGGUUUGAAAAUCGCAGGAUAUGUUUCCAAAGCUGAAAGGAGGCUGCAGAGGCUCCAAGUUUGUGCUGAUCAUCUGAUUCCACUGCAGCACUUUCAGCUGCUUGUGCCUUUGAGGUGCCUGUGCCUCACGUGGGAGUGCAGUGGGUUACCUUAAAGGAAAAAUCUGAUGAAACUGCUUCAAGAACUUGUUGUUACAUGUGAUAUCUUAGUGGAAUUUAACAGAAUAGAAAGGAGAUUCCUGACCUAGGAUCUGGAACAGAGCUGCAAAAACAUUAAUUCCUCAGGGUGAGAUUGCCUCUUUUCAAAGAAACGGUAACAUACCAGGAAUACACAAGGUGUUAAAGACCACACCAUUCACCAAGACUAAGCAAAGCUUUCACCUAAAAGGAAUAAAAAAUAAACAUGGCAGAAUUUACAGGUUACAAGGAAACCUCAAAUCGGCACCUACGGUUCAAAUUGCAGAGUCUUAGUCGCCGCCUUGAUGAACUGGAGGAAGCAACUAAAAAUCUGCAGAAAGCAGAGGAUGAGCUACUUGACCUCCAGGACAAAGUUAUCCAGACAGAAGGCAGCAAUUCCAGCAUGCUGGCUGAUGUUGAAGCCCUGCGGAAAAGAGUGCUGAAGAUUGAAGGCAAGGAUGAAGAAAUUAGGAAGGCUGAAGAGCUUUGCCGGUUAAUGAAAGAAAAACUUGAAGAGGAAGAGAGCCUCACCCGAGAGCUGAAGUCAGAAAUUGAACACCUUCAGAGGAGAAUGGCAGAGCUGGAGAAGCUGGAGGAGGCCUUUGGCAGGAGCAAGAACGACUGUACACAGCUGUGUCUUAGCCUUAAUGAAGAAAAGAACUUGACCAAAAAGAUAUCUACAGAAUUAGAAAUACUUAGAGUGAAAGUGAAAGAACUGGAAGCAUCUGAGGACAGGCUGGAUAAAACUGAGCAGAGCUUAACGGGCGAGUUAGAAAAACUGAAAUCCUUAGCGCUGAGCUUUAUCACUGAAAGAAAACAUUUUAAUGAAAGAGAAAAGCAGAAUGAAAAAAUAAUCCAGGAGCUAACUCAGAAACUAGAACAAAACAAUAAACUAAAUAGGGCAGAUCAAACUAGAAAUGCAUCCAACUUGCUAGAAAGGUCAUCAAAUAAUCUCCUGGACAGAAAUGAUUUGAGAAUUGAAGAUGACUUGACUUCUGCAUUGCCCUCUAAGGAGUCCAGGAGGAAGGGAAGUGUGGAUUACCUGAAACAUGUAGAAAAUGAAACCAGGAAUAAAUCAGAAAACCAAAAGAAUAAAAAUCAGGAAGACAACAAAGUGAAAGAUCUCACCCAAGAAAUUGAGAAACUUAAAACUCAGAUCAAACGUUUUGAAUCUUUAGAAGAAGAACUUAAAAAAAUGAGAGCCAAAAACAAUGACCUGCAAGACAGUUAUUUGAGUGAACAGAAUAAAAACAAACUCUUAACGGGUCAGCUAGAAGAAAUAAAAAUGCAAAUAAAGAAACAGAAAGAUAUGGAGAAUGGAGAGGUCGAAAAUGAAGAUACAAGCUUUUCUAGCAGGGGAAAACAUGACAGACCUAAAUACAGAGGUGUCACGGCUGAUUUGACAGCUGCCAAGCACAAGUCAAGGGAGCUCUCACCGCAGCAGCGCCGGGAAAGAGUAAGGAACAGAGAUUUCUCUGUCAGUAAUGACAGCUACAGCCACGGUGGUAAGCAGGUGCCCAGUCCAAGCUUAAUGAACAGAAAAGCAGGAAAAGCAUCUGGUGCAUCUGCCCUUUCAGACACUGCUGUGACAGAUACAAAAAGACUGGAAGAGAAAUCUUUAGUUUCCACUUUUUCUUCUGGUCAUAAGGAAGGCUGCAUCACGCAGAAUGAGGGGAAGAGAUCAAAAGAGCAGCCGUCUGUCCUCAGCCGAUAUCCUCCCGCUGCACAGGAGCAGAAAUCUUGGAAAGCACCUUCCAAACCUGUUGGUGACACAGGCCCAAGAUCCAAGGCUGAAAAGCCAUCUCAGGUGCUCCGUGGCAACUGCCAAACUGGUGCUGAUGCACGGGAUGAAAAGUCAAGCAAGGGAGAAUCGGUGGCUUCUUUGGCCGAGAAGCUGAAAACAAGUCAGGCAGAAGUCAGUGACUGCUCGGGAGACGCGCUGCUCACCAGGGGUAAUCACACGUCUUCCAACGGCACAGCUUCGGCAUACAGGUACCACCUCUCAUCCCAUGUGUUGGCAUCGGACUCCACUGGCUCUAAAGCAGAAGCAGUGAACACUUUUGCUGCAUCACACAGACAGCCCUUGGAGGGGAGGGCUAAAAGAGCAAUAAUCUCCCAGGAAAAAGAAUUCACAGACACAUCACUUGAAAGUGCAAAGCCUUCAACACUAACAAAGCGUUCCCAUCGCUCCAGGAGUCAAGAAGACAUCCUGCAGGUUCUCACAGGUCUUGAUAAAGAAGGCACAGAGCAGUCUUCAACUUCAGCAAUGGAUCAUGUAAAUGCUGGCUUAAAAAUGGACUCCAAAACCAUCCAGAGUAACCAGGAAAAACUUAAUUCAGAUGAAGAAUCAGGAAGAAGCAAAAAACCAAUCACUCAGUCAGAUUUUGAGACAAGGAAGAAAGUCAGUUCCAAGCAGUUCUCCAGUUCCAGGGGAGUUUUUAGAGCAUCACUUUUUGAAAAUGACAGAAACACUGUAAAUGAUGAAGACUCCUCCAAGUGUAUAAAACCAUCAGAUGCCAGUACUGGAGGAUUUAAAUCCAGAAGGUCGUUCAGCCCAAGAGAAGCUCUGAGAUCAAAAGCUGUCAUUAAACCUGCAAUUGUUGAAAAGGAUAUGAAGGCAGUCAUGGGAGGGACUGUUUCUGAGGCAGAGUCAGAAAAACAGAAGUCUGUUUUUAAAAUGGUAACAAAUAAAAUGACAAGCAGCAUCACAAUCUUCCCUUCUGAGCCAACAGCUUCAAGGACCAGUGCAGAUACAGCAGCAAAGGAAAGGCAUGUUACCACCAGCAACAUCAUAGUUGCUCCAAAUGAGCCUUCACCAAUAACAAACAAUCUCCCCACACCCUUUGAGAUAUCGAUUAAUAAAAGUGCUCUGAAAUUAUCUGAGACAGACAGAACUGGAGAGGCAGCGCCGAGAAGUAAAGCAGAAACAGUGGUCUCCAGAAGCAGCUUUAUGAUAAAGACUUCUGAACUCACAGAGAGGAACAGUGAGCCCCCUUCAGAGACAAUCUGCUGGAAGAGCCAUGGCUCUUCAGAUGCAGCUUCAUCUGAAACAAAACAUGUCACUGUGAGAAGUUCCUGGAGAACAAGACAAGGCUUACAUUCCCUGGAGGACUCUCAAACCAAAGUGGAGAAAAGCGCAGCUUCCAUUACUACAAACAUGUGUAGGUCCUCAGGGGACCUCUCAGAAAUGGAAGGGAACAGUGCAAGAACAAACUCCCUGGAGCAGACCUCAGCAAGGACCAGUGCCACAGCUAAUUCCUGGAGUGCCCCUGAACUGGGGUCCCGAAGGACCAAAAGUAACUUAAGUGCGUCUGAACUGUUGACACGCAGGAGCUAUGCAAGUGAUCCUACAGCAGCUUCUGCUUGGCACCGGACCACGCUACCUGAUGAAAGCAAAGAUUUUGCGCCCAGUUCCAGAAGAAAACAAUAUGGCUCUUCUGAGUACCUCUCACAGGUUGACACACCAGGGAAAAGGCCAGCCACCAAGAUGGAGCUGCAGGACCCUGAAUCCAACCCCCAUGCACCACUGGGUCUCCAAGUGGAGGAGCAGGGUGCUUUCCGUGCCUGCCGGACAACAUCUCGGAGAUGAGUUGUAUUCCUUUCCACUCAAUGGACAUGCUGCACAGUGGAGCAAGAGGCAGGACAGUACCAAGCUCACAGGCGUCACACCUGUUUGUAACCUCUCGGGAGGCUUCAGCUAGCCUGAAACCAGUUUUCUAAUGCGAUUUGCAAGGUACAGGAGCUUUACCAGUGAAUUCUUUUUCUUCAUUGCCGAAGAGGCAGCUGCAGAGACUUUGCUCAGGGGACUCCCACUUCUCAUCUCUGUACCUGCAAUCUUAAUCUUCUCCACAGGAUGAUAGGUCUGUCUCCAUAUGGAAACCUUGACUGCAUAGCCACUCUGAAUGAUGGUACUCCCUGGACAAGAGAGAACUUCUUGUUAAUCACUUGCAUUUAGACAAGAUCCCAGAAGUAUCCCUGUGACUACAGUCCACCAGCCCAUGACAGCAGUCCUACAUGGCUCCACAACUGAAAGCUUACAGUUCCUAGGGAGAGUUUGCAUUCUCCCAAUACACCCUUGUUGGCUUGGGUUGUGGUCACCUCAGUACCUGUGUUGCCGGUACCCUCUGUCUCUAGGCAGGAGGAAACCAUUCCCCACUAGUUGCUUACACAUAAGAGGGAAAGGGAGCAGAAAAUGUUGUUUAGAAGCAGUUUCUUCCCUAUUGCUGUCAGUCUCCACAACAAGCUUUGCAUGACCUACUGAUCACCAGCUGAGAUCUUGCACCAAGAACUCAUCCACUGAGCCAAACCAACAGCAGUUCACGCAGCAGUGAAAAUUCCUCCUGACUUGGACUGGGGUGCUUUUUUACCUGAAGCUUUAUGCCCAUCAUGCUCUGCAGGCACCAACUCUGCUGCUCGUUCUCAGCAGUUGAGCUCUAAAGGAAAAAGAAACAAGUGCUUUUCCUCACAGACAAGCAGAAUGUCCUUGAUUCCUUCCAAAAACAGGGUGGAGACAGCAGGAUUGGACCCUAAGCUGAGCGCCAGUAUGGCUAUCUAGGCAGCCUUGGUCUGUGCCCCUCUUCAGGACCACCCCAUCUACCGUGUCUGGGACCGAGGUAUGGUCAGAGACUGCUUCAAAUACAGAGGUAUGUCACCCUGUCAGUGCCCACAGGCCACCGAGUGCAGAUGGCAUCACUGUCGGGGGAGACACUGCCCCCCGCAGCUCCAAGAGGUGCUCAGAUGUUGGACCAGCAUCUGCCCGGAGCAAGGUGAUUGCAUCUGGCUCACACAGUCAGAGCCCUGCCACUCCUUUACAUCCCACCAUGCAGCUGCAGAGCUGGCCCACAGUUUUCCUGUCCUGUACACAAACACCACUGACUUCCCCCAGUACUUUCUUCUGCCUGUUGGAAACAGACACCCCUCUCUGUGGAGGGACAAGGACAAUGCUGCAGAAGGGAAGAGGUUUGUUUUGGAGGUGCUGUGGGAACAGCUGUGACCCAGCAGCUCACAUAUCUUGAGUUGCACCCCACAGUCAUUCCCACAUCAACCUUCCAGACAAGCAGCUACCACAGUAGUGCGCAUGUGACUAUCCGUACAUGCACAUCUAUAUGCUGUAUCUCCUCCCUCUCCUUUGGAAUUAUAUGCCUCAAUUCUGAGAGGCAAAUGAAUUAAAAAAACAGAGCCGGUUGGAAAAUAUCUAUGGAAACAUUUAUAUAAAAAAGGAAAGUGUUUCAAUGACUUUUUUUUUUUAAUAAAGAUUGCCUGGAGGAAGGGAAAUUUUUUUUUUUUUAAAAGUGUUUCCUUUUGCAAUUUUUAGAUGGUUUCCCAAAUUUAUAUUUUUAACCCUUCAUUUUAUUCUUUUAUUUUUCGUGACGUGUAUAAGUGUCAAGUUGCAUAACAAGACAAAAAGAUAAUGCUUUUAAAUUAGUAUGAUGUGGCAGCUCUAAUAAUCUUAAAUUAUAUUAAUAUAAAUUAUAUCAACUGCUACCAGUUCAUGACAUGGCAGUGCUAGUACAGAAUGGGAUAAAUAUAUCAAGUAUAAUAGGAAAAAAAUUUUAAACUCAAAAUCCAAACUAAAAGUGAAAGAAACUUAAAUUCUGAAUUUAAAUUCAGAUUUCUGAAAUGCCUCCCCCUGCCCCAUGUUUAUCAGGAAGUAUUGAAAAUUAGUGCAUAUUUUGCAGUUUGAAACCACAAUGGAUUUUUUUUUUUUUUAAAGAGCCUGUGAAAUUACAAUAUCCACCCUGAGCACCCUGCUUUGCUCAGAGGUUAACUGUAUGGCACGAUCACAACCAUCACCGCCACACAAAAAAAGACAUUACUGAGAUCGAUUGCUUGAAUGGCGUCAGCUUCCCUUACCUCAUUGUUCAAUCUUCCAGGCUUUCCACGGCUGAUAAACAGAAUUGCAGCCUGACCAGAAGUGCCACAUCUCAGCAGUGCUCUCAUGGGGCUGGCUUGCUUGCUAGCCUCUGCCAGCCUCAGGAUGCUAUGUUCUGACUCUUUGCCCUUAUUUUCAUGUUAAAGAAAAUGUUUCCCUUCAAAACUAAAUAUGCUGCCUCAGGUCCUCUUCCAUGUGUUGCAUAGGAGACGCUGCUGCAAAAAAACCCUCUGAGGCAGUGCAGCUGCUCUGCAGCAAGUGGCCCAAAAUGCCUUCUGCAGUACCUGCUUGCUUAACCUGGGAGUUUGCAUCUUGGAGGCAUCUUGGCAUGUACCUGCCUCUUCAGAUAUCACAGUAAUUAUUUACCUCUGUUUACAUUCCCAAACCUGCUGCUAAGCAGCUUUCCAGCCGUAUAAUAUAUACCGUUACAAUCACUGUGGAAGAACUGCUGCUGACGACUUGCUUGGCAUUGCAGUUCAGUCACUCAGAGAAGCAGCGUAUUUAGGAGGGCGUCCCCCUGCCCUGUGUCAUUGCUGCCCAGGACUUACAGCUUAGUUUUUACAAAGAGCCGGACAGCACAUACGCACUGAAGAUGAGGAUUGCUUUGAGUGUAUGGCUUUCCUCCCAGUGAUGAGCCCCGUCCUGCUGCAGUACAGUGGUCCAUAUCCCGCAGGACACUUGCUUACCCGAACACAUCCACCAGCCCUCUCCAUCUCAUGUUCUUGGCAUGGAUCCAGCUUAGCAUGGUGCUUCCAAAACUUCCAAGGGAACUGGCUUCAGUCCUGGCCAGGAAAGCUCUGCAUCCCUACAACACGACAUGCUAGGUUAACACAGGCUUCCUUGUACUUACCCACAAAACUCUGGCUUAUCCAUCAGCUUUUCAACCCCACAGCUCACCCCAGUAAUGCAACCCCAUGUCUGAAGUGCAAGGGAAAAACCACCAGCAGCAAUAGCUGUUGGUUUUCCCCUUCUGUCAGCAAGGACCAGGCUUUUCCUUAGCCAUGGGCAACCAGGCAGCUUUACCCUGCUGCUCGUCCGGCUCACAGCAUGCAGCAGGAGCCCCAGCUACUGACCCAGCAAUACAGCUCCUCUAGCACUGUCUGCUCUCCUCAGGUGUUCCUCACAGGUGACGUCUCUUUCUUCAGCUGCCUCAGUGGUUUGUUCAAUAUUUUACAGCACAUACCUUGAACUCUUGCUCUAGACUCAGUCUCACUGCUUGUCAAUAAUGAACACAGAUGUCACUCAGUAACUGUACACUGGGUUGUUUUUACCACAACCAAGAUUAAAUCUGAGACAGAAAACCCUCCUUAAAAUUGAAAGGGGCCACGCCCUCUAAUCAUGAGUGCAAUAGGAGCUGAUUGUAUUAUUAAACUUAUAGCAAUGACUUCAGGAAACACAAUUGUGUUUUACUCAAAUUGCACACUUUUUUGAACAGCUGUAAAAUAGAGUCUAUGUGUAAAUAUUGCCAUCACUGAAGAAGUAUUUGUAAUUUUAGCAUAUAAAUAUAACAGGCUUUUCAGUGGGCUUGAUGAUGCCGUGAGGCUGUGCAUCAAGCACUCGGGUAAUUCCAAAGUUGUAAAUGUAUUUGCUGUAUAGAGGAAGUGUGUCAGUGCUCGCUUCUCCCAAGGAAACGGAGAUGCUGGUCCCUUUUGGACAGCCAGUGGCUUUCCCCAGAAUGGCUGGCACCAGCCUGAGGGGUCAGCAGCUUGGUGCUUCAUGGAGCGGCUUCCUUUGUGUCCAGAAACACCACUGCAGCACACAGAGCAGUGCCUCUCCAGCUGCUUGGGUGGCACGGAGGGGUGACAGCUUUGCAGUGCAACCACCAGUGCCGUGCAUUGUCAAACUGCAGCUCAGGGGACACAGACGAGGGGAGACCCACAGUCCUCCUGCAGAUGGUACCUCCAGAAAAGGAAAAGGGCAGGAAGCACAGGGCAGGGUGGCGCACCUUGGUGCUUCAAGAGACACUUGAUGAGCAAUUUCCUAGCUACAGAUUGAAGCAAUAGGCACACUGGUGUCAUCUGUAAUAUAGGAGACCUCAUCUCUGCCACCCUUGCACAUCAUUGGAGUGGUCAAAGCACUGCUCCAAUGUCAGCCUCCAGUGGACUGCUCUGUAUGUGAUGAAACAUGAAGCCAUUGUUUGCAGAUGCCUCUUAUGGUCAGUAACCUAAGGACCAAAAGGAUCGUCUUCCUAGGCUGCCCAGCAUGUAGCACAAGCUCCUGCCUUGGGGAAGCAGCACUCCAGGCUGCAUGGAAUGUAUUUUUAAGAGAAUAAAUCUAUUUUUUUGUAUUUGCAGACAUAUAUUUGGGCUGGGGCAGCUUAGUUAGAAGACAAAUAAUGCAAGAAAUCUUUUCAUAAUCACAGACUCAUCCAAGUUAAGCAAAUUUUCCAGGGUUACAGUAUUGCCUAUUUCCCUAAACCAAACUUUGUGUCCAAUAGAGCUAUCAGCACUGUUUCACCCUCUCAAAACUCUCCCUGUCUCAGCAUGCUUAGUAGAGGGAAGCCAGCUCUUUCCUCCCCAGGCUGCCCAUGCAGUGGAUACAGAUGGUGCUCACUUCCUUCCAGUUCCACAGUGCUCUUAGUCUGCAUGCCAAAUGUAAACAGACACUUUAUCUGCAUGUCUCUCCUGAUUCGAACACUGUCAGCUCUACAGUAUAUAACCAAUAAAAACUUCUCUUUUUA